AUGAAACAACUUGAAGGGAGCCUAUUUUCUCUUCAAAAACCAACUUGUGGCACAAAACCAAUACAGGGAAAUACCUUCAUUCCAUCAAUAAUUAAUCAUACUGACAAAUUAUUUGAAAUGACAUUCUAUAUUUGUGGAGGAAGAACUCACAGUACAGAAAGGAAUACUCGAAACAUUCUAUCCGAUAUUGUAAAAUUUAAAUAUUCGUCAAGAUCAAAAUUGAAUGAUGAUUGCAAUUCUAAUUCUUGUAAAAUUGAACAUGUUCCAAUGAAGAAGGAUGUGAAAUUGGAUUCUCCGAGACAUAAUCACACAUCCUUGUAUUUUGAGAGCAUUGAUUCGAUAGUGACAUUUGGAGGAAGUAACACUGAACUAUAUAUGGAUUCAAUUUUUGUAAUGAAUAUUCAUGAUGAGAGGAAGCAGGAGGUGUUGAAGCGUAACAAAGAGACAGUGUGGCCACAAACUAGACAUGGACACACUGCAAAUAUUUACAAAAAAGAUCAAAUGAUUGUUUUUGGAGGAAAGAAGGGUUUUGGAGUAGAUUCUGAUAGCUUUCUCAAUGAUUUGUGGAGUUUCAAUGUUACAACCAAUGAGUGGGAGAAAAUUAAGAGUUUGAAUUCUGCUCCUAGAGAACGUUGUUGGCAUAGUUCAGUGAUUUAUAAGGAGAGAUUCUUGUUGGUGAGUGGAGGGUUUUAUACAUUGGAUGGAAGUGAAUGUUAUCUGAAUGACUUGUGGAGCUUUGAUAUGGAAACCAAAUUGUGGAACUGCUUGAUUCAAGACGAUGACAAGAAAACAUGUAAAAUGUACCAACGAAACAGAUCUGGAAUAAUAGUGAGUGAAAAUGCAUUAUUUAUCAUGUUUGGAAAUUAUUAUGAUGGAUAUAAGGAUCUCUUUCUGACUGAUAUUUUCUAUGUUGACGAUUUGCAUUCAAUUCUCUUUGAAAAGGAUUCCUUAUUACCAAUUUGGAAGCAGUUACAAAUUCAACCACAAGACGAACAAGCAAAGACAUUACUAACUGAGGGAAGAGGACACAUUAGCUCUGUUUUACUUUCUGAAAAUGAAAAAUUCAUUCAAGUAAUGUUAUUUGGAGGCGAAUCUUUUAUGAAACGACAUGAUAAUUUUUUCAUCUUGAAAAUUGAUAAAAUGUAG